UUGACAUUACGGUAACGUUUCUUCCCGCUGAGGAAAACUUUUCAGACCUGACUAGCAGCUGGUCGAGUGGAUAGUUCAGUUUGUUAUAAUCUAACGAAAAUGGAAGCGUUUGCGUGGCUAACGUUACUGCUGCCCGUUCUGACGCUACAUUUUUGUGGGGUCAGUUUCAGCGUGGCGGAGACAGGCGGAAGGUGGGAAAAGUACAUCGGCAAGAUCACGCAAGCCACGCGGACAUACAGACCUUGCAGUCCUCACAACUGCAGCUGCCACCUCAGGGUCCUGCAGGAUGACUUGUGGACAUUUCGGGACGGGGUGUCGGAGGAGGUGAUGGGGGAUACGGUUCGUCGGGGUGUAGGAACGCACUACCAGGUCAUCGAGCACAAGCUGUACCGAGAGCAGAGCUGCAUGUUCCCUGCACGGUGCGGUGGGGUGGAGCACUUCAUCCUGCAGGUGAUGGACAGGUUGCCAGAUGUGGAGAUGGUGAUUAAUGUGAGGGACUACCCUCAGGUACCCCACUGGGUGCAGCCAGUGCUGCCUGUCUUCUCCUUUAGUAAGACUCCUGAUUACCAGGAUAUCAUGUACCCUGCCUGGACCUUCUGGGAGGGGGGCCCGGCGGUGUGGCCCAUAUACCCAACAGGACUGGGUCGAUGGGACCUGAUGCGGGACGACCUGAAAAAGUCAGCGACUAAGUGGCCCUGGGGGAAGAAGGAGUCCAGAGGAUUCUUCAGAGGCUCCAGGACCAGCCCAGAGAGGGAUCCUCUAAUCCUGCUAUCCAGAGAGGCACCAGAACUUGUGGAUGCAGAAUACACCAAGAACCAGGCCUGGAAGUCUGAGAAGGACACACUCGGGAAGCCCCCAGCCAAAGAGAUCCCGUUGGUGGAUCACUGCAGAUACAAGUACCUAUUUAACUUCCGGGGCGUAGCAGCCAGUUUCCGCUUUAAACACCUGUUCCUGUGUGGGUCACUGGUGUUCCACGUGGGGGAGGAGUGGUUGGAGUUCUUUUAUCCCCAGCUGAGACCCUGGGUUCACUACAUCCCCGUCAAGCAGGACCUGUCUGACCUCAGGGAACUUCUCCAGUUUGUGAAAGAAAAUGACGACAUUGCACAAGAAGUGGCCAAAAGGGGUCAGGAUUUUAUCCUGGAGCACUUGCGCAUGGAGGACGUGUCCUGCUACUGGGAGAAGCUGCUGACCAAGUUCAGCCAUCUGCUGAAGUAUCGACCCAAGAGGAGGCCCGGUUACAGCCAAAUCACCCCCAAACCUGAAAAAUGGGAACUGUGACCUGAUGCCACACGCCUCACAUACUGUAGAUCUCUCUCCAGGAAAAUGUCUCGCUCAGUAGUCCUCUCUCCCCAGACUAUACGUCCAGUGUAAAUCCCUCUUAAGGCUAUAGUGUACUGUAGAUCUCCUUCCUGCCUACAUGGUCACAGGGAUUUGAUUAUAAUUCUUCAAUACUCCAGAUGCAACUUUAGAUGCAAAACCAAAAAAUAAAAUUGAUUUAGUAUUUUUUCAUUUGCAAAAUUCAAUUCAAUAUUUGCAGUAGUACAAUUUACUUUGGUGCUAGAAAUGUCAGUGUGCAGAUAUUUCUAACAAAUUCAUUGUCUCUUAUGGCAAGUAUUUGAAAGUCUGUGGACCACUUAUGUGAAGUAAUGACUACAUUAAUAGCCUAGUAUUGGCUAUAUGCACACACAGGUACUGCCUAUUUUUAAAGUAAGGUUUCUGAAACCACGCAACCCCCCCACCCCGGUGGUUUUGUGAUCUACCAAGUGUGUGUCUGUGUCUCUGUGUGUCUGUGUUUAAGGAAAGGAUGCUAGGAACACUAAAUCAUUUUAUUUCCAUAAACAGAUUGGGUGUGAAAGGGAAAAAGUCACUGUGCAAUAAUUGGUAACAAGGUAUGUUAUGGUUAAAAUGGUUUGUUACAGUACUGAGCGUAUAGCCAGCUGGAAUGUAAAAACAGGAAAAUGUGACUACUGGACUUGGGUAGAGUUGUACAGUAUCUGAAUUGUUCCGUAAUCAUGAUUUUUCAAACUUUGGUGUAGCCUCAGAAAAGCUGAGCAAGAGUUGUUUGCUGAUACUAUGAAGAUAAAAUGGGAAAAGGAGGGGGGUAUUGGUACUGUCUAAUUGAAGUAUUGAAUAUGUUGUAGUAUUCCUAGUGUAAUUGUUUGUAAUGUUCCUGGUGACUUAGACUUGCUGUUACAUCACGAUUGGCCUUCUGUGGCCAGUCAUGUCUGGGUGCACUCAGAUUUCAGAAUACUUUAUUGUGUAUUAACCCAAAAGCAAGUGGAAUGGCCAAAGCUCCUGUAUGAAGCUGGUUAAAAUGGCGAAUUGUGGCAAACAUUCACAGUUGGUGUCACCGGUGUUGCUGUCUUUCUUAACUCUGCAUUGCAACAGUUAAGAAUGAAAUUUGCUGCUCUUUUUAAAAUAUGUAUGUUGGGAGUAAAUGUCACCAAUCUUGGAGUAUAAUACAGAAAGGUUGUGUGUUUUUAAUCAAGAUGCCAAAAAAUUAAAACCAACAACAACGUGCUUAAUUUGUUUACAGUUUAUCUGAAUUUUAAAAUGUUGUCUUUUUUCCCAAGGAUUUGAUUGUAAAUUGUCACAUUGAGUUAUAUUUCUUGUCAUUAAAGCACAUUUUUCUAAA